UCAAAUACAUCAACUGUCAAUCUGUAAAAUGUAAAAUAAAAUUAGUAGGUAUGUAGGUAUGUAUCUAUCUACCCACCUAUCUUUCUAGUUAUUUGUUAUAAUUAAUUCAAAAACAAAACUUUGUUUAUAAACACCAUUAAUAGCGGCACAAUGUCCUCUCCUCCACCAACGAAACCACCCCGUGGGGUUAAGCAAGGAAAAGAAACGAGUGGCCUGCUAAUGUCGGUGAUCAGAACACUGUCAGCGAGUGAGACCAAUGAACAACGUGAAAAGGAACGCGCUAAACUUGAGAAAGAGUACAAGAAGAGCGAUGCAAGGCUGGAUGAGCUAGUUGCUGUUCAUGCACAGGAGAUUACGGAUGUUAUGCAAAAAUUCACAGCUGUGGGUACAGCCUUAUCAGUAUGGGGACAGCAUUGUGAGGCAGCAGUGGCUCGUCUGGGCGCAUGCCGAGGUUUGUUACGAUUAAGACGUGAUGACCUAAGAAGAUUGUGGGCGGAUGCAAGAACCCAUCACUAUGCACUACAGAUGUUAACUGAUAUAGAACGUGUAGUAGUUUCGGAACGUGAAACUCGCGAAUCGUUAUCAGCUGGUCGUGUACUAGCUGCAGCUUAUACAUUGAAAGCUGCCCUAGAUACAGCAGACACUACACUGUCCCAUGUUGAUGCAUUAAACACCACAAGGCAGCAUUUGCAGGCAAAAAAACGUGAACUGGUAGAUGUCAUUGUUCGUCGAGUGAAUGAUGCUGUCUAUCGUGGCGAAACAGCACCAAUGACGAGAAGACUAUCUGCUAGAAGGCGUACAGCAAUCCUGUUGGCCGAACUGACAAAGAAUGAAGAAGUGACUGAUGCUUAUCUACAAGAUAUCACCCCUGAGUACGAAGCGUCACUUUCUGAAGAUGACAAAACAUUCGAGAGUACUGUUAUGAUAUCACUAGAAGCCUUAGGAGUAUUGGAACAACUGAAGGAAGCUACUGAGAAAUUCAAGGUGCAAAUUCAAAAUGAAUUAUUAGAGGUCAUCGAUUCGGUCUCUCGCCGAAUCAUCGAUGAAGGCGAUGUAGAAAUUGACCAGGAGUGUGACGAGGAUGGCGAGACACAAGAAGCCGAGGGAGUGACAGAGGCCGGGAGACCACUCGCCAGACUGGUCGCUAGUCUGGGAGAAGAGCUUAGGGCGUGCGCUGCAAGAAAUAAGAGGCUUUUGCAGUUAUGGCGAGGUGCCUUACAGAAACAUCGACUGUCUGAUGCAACUCUGCACACAGAACAACACUACUGGAGUGCCGUACAACAAGUUCUUCAACUUCUGCUGACUGAAUACUUGGAGAUAGAGAGCGUGAACUUAGCAGCUCAGCGCUCUGGCACUACCACAGUAGAAGCGGCCGGUUCCCAACUACGUCUGACCGACUACUUCUCCAAGAAACGACCUCAGAGGCAACACACCAAACUCUUCAGAUUUACAGGCCCUACCGCAGUGACGCCCAGUCUGCAGGCUCGCCGGCACGGGUACCCGCUGGUGUGCCGCGCCGACCCGGCUCAUCUGCACGCGGUGUUGCCAGCUCUGCACGCCUUGUGUGCCGACAUCGAACCUCUUACAGGUGGCGGCGAAUGUUCGUUACGUGCGUUUAUAACGGACUACGUGCGCACAGGCGAAAGCGAGAGACUGGCUAGUAUCGCGCGCGCCGCUAUUGACGAGGCCAUGAGAUCUCCGUCCGCUUGGAGAGAAAGAGUUCCACCACCCGCUACCAACGCUAAAUCUGGGGAGCGUCACCGCGUCGUGUUCGCGUGCUGCGCGUACAGCUGGCAGGCGGUGCACGGCGCGAUGCGGCACGCGCGUCGCUGCGGCGCGAGCGGCGGCACGGAGGCGGCGCGCGCGGUGGCGGGUACAUUGACCCCGCUGGCGACACAGUGCCGCGCGUGCCCGCACGCCGCGCCGCCCGCCGCCGCGCGCGCCGCCCGCUGGCUCGCCGACGACGACAUCGUGCGGUUCCUGCAGUCGCUGCACAACUGGAAGGCGAUGACCGGCGACGUGCCCGAAACCAAACAGAGCGCUCAGGAACUGAAACAGGCCUACGAACGGGAAGCCGAGAUCUUGGGUUCGAGUUUGGGCGACGGCGCCGUUACACGCAAAGAAAUCAUAUCGGACAUGAAUACGCUCGCCGACAUAGCCGUCCUGUGCGAGACAAUGGAUUGGCUAAGUGCAAAUAUAAGAAGCAUUCCCUCAAUGUUAUCCGGUGCAAUAAAGCUCUCCGAGAAAUUCCUGAACGACAUAUCUGCUGCAGCGUCUGUAUUCGAUGAGAUAACACAUAAAUGCUUGCUUUUCUUGCAUUUGGAGAUGCGCAUAGAGUGCUUUCAUUAUUUGGGUCAAGAGGAUCGCGAAGGUGAAAACGGCUCCGAAGCGGACAGCCAACAGUCCGGAGGAGCAGCGCAGCUGGCCCACGCGCUGCUGGCCUUCCACGAACACGCGUCGGCUGUACUGGCGCCCUCUAGGCUCGCUUAUAUAUUCAACGGUAUAGGCGAGAUGAUGUCGGCCGCGGUAGUGUGGAGGUGGCAGGGGGAGCGCGGGGCGGAGGGCGGGGCGGCGGCUCGACUCGCGACACUGCGCCACUGUCUCGCUGCGCUACAUCUACCUCACGAUGGCUUACAUAGAGCGCACGCGUACUUACAUCUGUUAGCGUGUACUCCGCAGGAAAUAAUAACGUCAGUACGCGAAAAGGGUGCUCAAUUCACGGAGUUGGAGUAUUUGAACGCUUUCAAGGUUAUCGGCGUUCGGCGUAACGUGUCCUCGGGCGACAUGAAAAUACAUCUAAAACAACUAUCGACCGCUCUGGGUCACGUCGGUGUUACCGUGUGAUAACAGUUUAGUGUUGCAAUUCUUGUGAGGCUAUAUAUUGUGUCGACGAGCAUCUUGUGAGGCUAUAUGUGUUGGUUGCUUUAUUUAUACUGUGGGUGGCGGCUACGGUGGGUGCUGCCAGGUAAUUUGAAAGAAAAAAGGUAAUUUGAAGGAAAACACAAAGAAAAUACCUUUUGAAUAUAAAAAAAAAACACUUAUACUUUACUUACUUACACUUUUUUUUUGUAUUGCUUAGAGAGGUGGACAAGCUUGUAAGCUUGUCCACGGCUGUAGCUCACCUGUGUGUUAAGUAGUUAUUGGAACCCAUAGACAUCUACAACGUAACUGCGGCCACUUACCUUGAAAUAUGAGUUCUAAGGUCUGAGUAUAGUUACAACGGCUGCCCCACCCUACAAACCGAACUCGUUCUCUCUCUUUCUCAUUAUGUGUCAUUAUUCACCCGUGUCAUUAUGAGACUUUAUUAUCAGUCUAUUUAAAAUACCACAAACAUAUUGAUUUACUAAUAUUUAAUAUGUCGACAUAGCAGCACUGAGAAGUCAUUCUUAAGCAUAAUUUAUGAACUAAUGAAAUAAAGAUUUAGAACGAAAAAUAUUGAUGUAUUAUAACUUACAUAUUUUAUGAAAAUGUGGCUUAGAAAUAGUAAUGGUAGUUCAUCAGUUAAAAAUAUUAUAGACAUCAUUAAAGAUGUAUAACUUAUACAUGUUUAUAAAUGGUCACUGAUGGUCCUAGGCAUCUGCUAUGAUAGAGGUUCAAGCUGAGCUGCUGGCCAUCAUUUAGACUAUGAUAUGGUGUUUCAAUUUGCCUGAUGUACAUUUAACAGUGUAGAAAAUCAGAUGAACUUACGGCUCACUUGGUGUGAAAUAGUGACCAAAAUACACAAACAUGAUAACAAAUACUAAACUCGUUAUCAAAUAUAAAAUUUUAAUCCCAUUCCAAAAGCUCAAUUUAAUUACACUCAAUUGAUUCGUAUGGAUGUUUUUUUAAGUUAAGAUAUUAUUUACAUAUUAAAAGUAUAUUUAUCUAAAUAUUUGAAUAGCUAAAUAAUAUUUAUUGCAGUCUGUAUGAAUCUGCAAAUGCCUUAUAGAUUGAAUGUAAGUAUGUAAUUAUUUUAACAAUAAACUUUAAAAGAGA